AGAGUUUUGUUAAACAAAAUUUGUUUAGUAAACAACAUUUACCGUUUAAUUUAUUUGUAAUUUGCUGGUCUUUUAGAUGUGUUAACAUCUUAAUUAAUUUUUUAAAUUCAUUGGAUGAAACAUAAAUAUUGAAAUUUGCAACCAUGAAUAGUCUUUCAUCUAGAUUACCUGUAUACCUUACAUCAACUCAUCAUUCAAUUCUUAAACCGGUUACAUCUUUAAUUACAUCAUCUCGCCACAAAUCUCCGGGUCAAAGUCAAAAAAGUGGUAGGAAGAGACAAUGGCUUGGUUUCACUGUCCCAUUAGGCAGUUUUGUUCAUGAAAGAGAUGUUUUCCUCAAACAGAGAGGUCUAAAGUUCCAUCCUGGUUUAAAUGCUGCAUUGGAUCCUAGGGAUAAUGCUAUUUAUGCUUUGAGAGAUGGUGUAAUUGCAAUAAGUACAGAAAGAUUUAUUCCUGAUAUGAAAAAUGAUAUUGUGGAAAAGCAUUAUGUUGAUUAUGAAGGACCAAUGAUGAUUCGUUAUGCCCAUGUAAUCCCUCUAGAACAACCUCGAGUGUUCAAACUUGUAGAAUUAGUGUAAAUCAGCAAAUUUAUUAAAGUAUAUCAUGUAAAGGUAUGUAAUAUCUAACCUAAUUAGACUACCAAAAUUGAAUUAGAUCUUUCAAAUAAAUAUUAAGAACAAUAUA